UGGAACCAAAGCUCAGAUUUUGGAUUUUGUUAGACGAUUUCCAAAUGAUGAUGAUCCUCAAGCCUUUAUCUUCUCACCACGUUUCCAAUUUCCGUCUCUCUGUAUCGUUUCUUCACAGCGUGGCACUAUCGGAUGCGAAGGUUCCUGUAGAAGAAGAAGGCGAUGACGCAGAAACUGUUUUCCGGAUGAUAAAUGGAUCAAAUCUGCAAGUGGAAUUGAAGGAAUCGUUGAGCUCUAGUGGAAUCCACUUGUCCAAGGACUUAAUCGAUAGGGUUUUGAAAAGGGUAAGGUUUAGUCAUGGGAACCCAAUUCAAACCCUAGAGUUUUACAGGUACGCUAGUGCUAUAAGAGGGUUUUAUCAUUCUUCGUUUUCUCUAGAUACAAUGCUUUAUAUUCUCGGUAGAAAUCGAAAGUUCGAUCAAAUUUGGGAGCUUUUGAUUGAGACUAAGCGUAAGGAUCGAUCUUUGAUAUCUCCAAGGACGAUGCAAGUUGUGUUAGGUAGAGUUGCUAAGUUGUGUUCCGUUAGACAAACUGUUGAAUCUUUCUGGAAGUUUAAGAGAUUGGUUCCUGAUUUCUUUGACACGGCUUGUUUCAAUGCUCUCUUGAGAACUCUUUGCCAAGAGAAGAGUAUGACUGAUGCUAGGAAUGUGUAUCAUAGCUUGAAGCAUCAGUUUCAGCCUGAUUUGCAGACUUUUAAUAUACUUUUAUCGGGUUGGAAAUCAUCGGAAGAAGCGGAAGCUUUCUUCGAGGAAAUGAAGGGAAAGGGGCUAAAACCUGAUGUGGUUACGUAUAACUCUUUGAUUGAUGUGUAUUGCAAGGAUAGAGAGAUUGAGAAAGCUUAUAAGUUGAUAGAUAAGAUGCGAGAGGAGGAGGAAACUCCCGAUGUUAUAACUUAUACAACUGUUAUAGGUGGGUUGGGGUUAAUCGGUCAGCCUGAUAAAGCUAGAGAAGUUUUAAAGGAAAUGAAGGAGUAUGGGUGUUAUCCUGAUGUUGCGGCUUAUAAUGCUGCUAUUAGGAAUUUUUGCAUAGCGAGGAGGCUCGGGGAUGCGGAUAAGUUGGUGGAUGAGAUGGUGAAGAAGGGUUUGUCUCCGAAUGCGACUACUUAUAAUCUGUUUUUCCGUGUUUUAUCGUUGGCAAAUGAUUUGGGACGGUCUUGGGAGCUGUAUGUGAGAAUGUUGGGGAAUGAGUGUUUGCCGAAUACACAAUCCUGUAUGUUCUUGAUUAAGAUGUUUAAGAGACACGAGAAAGUGGAUAUGGCGAUGCGGUUGUGGGAAGAUAUGGUGGUAAAAGGUUUUGGUUCAUAUAGUUUGGUUUCAGAUGUGCUUUUGGAUUUGCUUUGUGAUUUGGCUAAAGUCGAAGAAGCUGAGAAAUGUUUGCUUGAGAUGGUUGAGAAAGGUCAUAGACCGAGUAAUGUCUCGUUUAAAAGGAUCAAGUUGUUGAUGGAGCUAGCAAAUAAGCACGAUGAGGUUAAUAACUUGAUACAAAAGAUGGCUAUUUUCAGUACAGAGAUUCCGCGUUAA